GUCAGUGGAAUGAAAAUGCUAAAGGUUAGUUAUACAAAGACACACUAUUUAUUGACGAUUCAUUUUGGAAUGAAGAAUGGGACAGUGUACAAAUUCUUCACAGUUUGCUUUAGAAAUAAUCGUGCAAUUAGAAUUGGUUUCUUUGAUACUCCCUUCAGACAUCCUAGUACUAAGCAAAUGUGAUUAUCUUGAUAUUCCAAAGGAAACUCAUUGAAGUGAAUGGCACUUCUACUAUGUCAUAAGUAAAAACAUAGUUUUUCGUUCAGCGAAGAAAUUUCUUUUCAACAACUUCAUUUUCAAGCUGUACAGUCGUAUCUGACCACCACUUCAAGGUUGCAGCUCUCGGUCAGGAUACUCCGAUAUACUUGUUAAGGAAUAGGACAUAUUUAUCUCUUUCAGUAGUAGUGUCAAUGUCAUUCACACUUCCAUUAGUUCAGUAUGCGAAUACACUGCCUUAUUUGAUCGGUUUUUCAAUGGUCAGAUCAUCUGAGAGUCUCUGAUUGGUAGGAGAUAGAGCAUGUGUUAGGGAUGAUGAUCGUGGUGGUGAUGGUGACGAUUGUGAAGGUUGAAAAUCCCCAUUCAGUCGUAUAGAAAAAAAGGCGUUCAGAGAAGAGUUAAUGUUUCUGGCGACAGUGAAAUAAAAGUCAAGGUGUCCCACUACAACAAGAUCUUCAUACCCCUAGUCACCAGGUUAGUAAUCUGUUUUUCAAUGCUGCAGUGUGCUUCAAUUGAUUAUUUCUUUUUUUUUAAAUUGCUUUUCUUGUCAUUUUCGUCUUCACCUUCGUGUGUAGCUCUACCACAUUGUGUAUGUGGAUUAGCCUUACUUGAUUCUCCACUGGCUAUUUUAUCGCAUUCUGGAACACACUUGAUACAUGCAUACAAGUACAAUUCAUCGUCUAUUGUUCUGCCAGAUCCUAUACAACUACGUCGAUUGAAGCGUCAACAUCCGAAUUCAUCAUCGUCAUCUUCAAAUGAUCAACAGUAUUCAUCAGAGGAAUUUCUAUUCCCGAAACCUGAUGAUCACAUUCCCUGUUGUAUAGAAGUUUAUCGACAUCUACGAUUUGGUGUUUCUCCACAAUUUGAUGCCCACCUUUUAGAAGCAACUAAAGGAAGCUUAACCUUUACAUGUCCUAUUUGUCCCACAGUGCUGUGUACUCGUUGGGCCUUAACACAGCAUGCAUUUUCAGAGCAUUGGGGCACUUUAUGCUAUAUUUGUUGUAUUUACACAUUCAGUCCUGAUGAGAAUUCGCCUUCGUUAGACAUCAGUACUGAUGGGAAUGUACAGAUUCCAGAUGCCUGUCCAUCAGUGUCAUCUUUACCUGCUAUCGCUUCUUCUUCUUCUGAGAUCGUCGUGGCACAGCCAAUGUAUGUUAAUGUUAAUGUAUGGGAUCACAUCUUCCAAUGCAUGAAUCAACGCCGUGAUCUACUCAAUAAUUGUCAUCAUCGUCAUCAUCAACACGGCCGAUUUCCACCUGCUGCUACUACCACUUCUACUACUACUACUACAAGUACUACUGCCGCUGUUAUUGCUCCCCCUCCUGUUCCUUCAUGUAGUAGUAGUAGUCCUGUUAACUAUGUACAUAAAAUAUUUGAUGAUAAAUCUUUGAAGAGAAAUGUAUCAACAAUUUCAGAAACUAGUGGAAGUCCAUCUCAUAAACGGUUAUCUCCAUCACUAAACAAAGGUGAUUGCAGCAACGACAACAACAAUGUACAAGGUAGUUGUCAUCUCAGUAUUGAAGGUGUUGGUGGUGUUAGUGUUGGAGGUGAUGAUAAUGACCAAUAUGGUUCAACUAAUAAUUCUGCUACUACUAAUCCUUGUGUUGACUGGGUGGUACAAGAGCAGCAGGUCAGUGGAGAGAUAUCACGUGGUUGUGAUGAUACAAAUGUUACUGAAAUAUGCUACCUGUGUUCAAAUAAAAAAUAUCCCCUUCGGUCUUCAUGUCUGCGUCAUAUGACCCUUGUGCGUGAACUUGGAACAUCAGAACUGGAUUGGAAUCGUAUGAAUGAAACAAAUUAUGUCGCAUGUUCUACUCUAGCUGGAUCUAAAAACAAUAACCCUAAUUUGUUGCCGUUGUUGAAUAAUAAUACCCCAACUACUAUUGCAUCCGCUUCAACAGCACCACCACCGACGACGACGACGUCAUCAUCAUUGUCGUCGAUGUGUGGAUCAGGUGAAUCUGCUCGUGAAGAGAAUGUCAACAACAACAUCAGCGGCGGUGGAGGCGGCGGUAAUCGUGGUGGUGGUCUUGUCCUAAAGAUAUUCCGUUGUAAACUUUGUCAUAAGUUUUAUAAGUCACGACGUAGUUUAUUAAGACAUCAAAUUUCACAUCAUGAACAGUCGGAUAGUCAGGCAGGGGCAGACGGGCAAACUGAGUGUUGAUUGGUUGAUUGUCACAUUGACUCAUACGUCUUUCUCCAUUGUAUGUCUAUUACUGUCUUAUGCACAGUUAUGUAUACAUUACAUAUAUAUGUAUAUAAUAUACAGUUUGUACAGACACACAGACAUAAAUGUAUGCGUUUAUUUUCACGAUGCAUUUGUUAUAUAUUCAUAGUUUUUUAACGAUUAUAAUUGUACAUAUACAGGAACCCGAAAUUCAGAUUUGUUCAUUAUUAUUACUAUUA